AUGGACUCCGAUGAAGAAUCCUUGAAUCCUCCUGCCCCACCGGAUACAGGAGACACGAAAGAAAUUCUGGGAAAUCACUCUAUGGAGGAAGAUUUGCUUACAAAAACAAGAAAGGCAGUGUCGUUCAAGGACAUCCUUACUACACCAUACUCCAAUAUACGAGAAAAACAACAAACACAAUAUGAGGACCAAGCAGUCGAUAUGAUCAUGGAAGAACGUACAAGCUCAAUUCAAAAUAUCGACGACGAAGAAGGGAUCUAUCUCACAGAAGCAGAACAACAGAGAAUAUACAAGCCAUGGAUAUACUCUAUUAUAAUAAAGAUUAUCGGACGGAAACUAAAUCACCAAUAUCUGAAAAAGAAACUAAGUACUAUGUGGAGAGUCUCUGAGGAAAUCGUACUUAUAGAUCUGGGUUAUGACUACUACAUAGUAAAAUUUUUCAAAGAAGAAAAUCUACAAAAAACCUUACAGCAAGGACCGUGGUUUGUAAAUGGAUUUGUUCUAUCAAUUAAGAGAUGGCAUCCAAACUUCGUUGCAUCGGAAGCUAAGGAAACAAAGUCGGCAAUCUGGAUUAGGCUACCAGAAUUACCCACUGAAUUCUAUGACCACUCCAUACUAGCACGAAUAGGGAAGAAACUUGGGAAACUAGUUAAAACGGAUGUAUGCACCUCAGAAGCACUCCGAGGAAGAUACGCAAGAAUGUGUGGAAGUACUUAUCGACGUUCCGGUACGAAAAAAUAUAUGCAUUGGGCACUAUAA